AUGGAAAAAGACCUAAAAGAGUUUACCAUAGUCAUUAAAACUACACUAUUUGUUAUUACAAGUCAUAUUUCUUUACUUCAAAAGAAAAAAAUAAAUAGCAAAAUUAUUCUCGCUAUUAAUAAUAUAUUUGUUCACAAUAAUGAUUUCAAAGGAGUCUUAGUCUAUCGCAUAAAUUUAACGCAUUCUAUAAUUAUCUAUUUUGCUAUAUCAGAUGUGGCUACUACAACUUUCCUUGUGACUAUCCUAGAAUUUAAGAUCAAAAAUUUAUUUGAUUAUACUCAAUAUAAAGAAGAUAUGAAAUUCAACGAAUGUACUAUUUAUGUAACUAAUAUUUCUUUACAAAUGAAACCUUCUACUAUCAAACAAGUUUUCACAAAAUAUGAAAGUAUUAUAGACUUUAAAAUGACUGCUAAAGGAAUAUGA